UUCCUCCCCGUUUUAAGCAGUGCGCAUGCUCCUAAAUACGCUUCCCCCGUGGGGGACGUAGGCGGGGCCAUCGGGUCCUAAGGCAAAAAGCGUGGGCGUGGCUGCUCUCUGUAUCUCGUAGCCCCACCCCAUUCCCAUGAGCCCCGACCCUUUGGGCUGGAACGGGAGGUGUCGCUCUUUGGACCUCAAGGUUCCCCUUAACACGGAGCGCCCCGCAGGCUUCGCGGAAAGCGUUCCGGGUAGGCGAUGGCUGCGACGCGUGCAGGGCCCCGCGCCCGCGAGAUCUUCACCUCGCUGGAGUACGGACCGGUGCCGGAGAGCCACGCAUGCGCACUGGCCUGGCUGGACACCCAGGACCGGUGCUUGGGCCACUAUGUGAAUGGGAAGUGGUUAAAGCCUGAACACAGGAAUUCAGUGCCUUGCCAGGAUCCCAUCACAGGAGAGAACUUGGCCAGUUGCCUGCAGGCACAGGCUGAGGAUGUGGCUGCAGCCGUGGAGGCAGCCAGGAUGGCAUUUAAGAGCUGGAGUGUGCACCCUGGCAUCGUCCGGGCCCAGCACCUGACCAGGCUGGCCAAGGUGAUCCAGAAGCACCAGCGACUGCUGUGGACCCUGGAGUCCCUGGUGACUGGGCGGGCUGUUCGAGAGGUUCGAGACGGGGACGUCCAGCUGGCCCAGCAGCUGCUCCACUACCAUGCAAUCCAGGCAUCCACCCAGGAGGAGGCACUGGCAGGCUGGGAGCCCAUGGGAGUAAUUGGCCUCAUCCUGCCACCCACAUUCUCCUUCCUUGAGAUGAUGUGGAGGAUUUGCCCUGCCCUGGCUGUGGGCUGCACUGUGGUGGCCCUUGUGCCCCCGGCCUCCCCGACGCCCCUCCUCCUGGCCCAGCUGUCAGGGGAGCUAGGCCCAUUCCCAGGAAUCCUGAAUGUCAUCAGUGGCCCUGCCUCCCUGGUGCCCGUCCUGGCCUCCCAGCCUGGAAUCCAGAAGGUGGCCUUCUGCGGAGCCCUGGAGGAAGGGCGUGCCCUUCGACGGAGCCUGGCGGGCGAGUGUGCGGAGCUGGGCCUGGCGCUGGGGAUGGAGUCGCUGCUGCUGCUGACAGACACAGCGGACCUAGACUCGGCCGUGGAGGGUGUUGUGGACGCCGCCUGGUCCGACCGCGGCCCGGUGAGACCCGUGCACUCCUGUCCCCUCCUCACACCCUGGAGGCUGGUGGAUAGGUUGAGUCUCUGUCACCUAGGAAGCCCCUCCCCUUUUACCACUGUAUUAUAUGGGGUUAGCACAGUGCAAACAUGGAGGCCUCUUUCUGUCCCUAUCCAGCCCUGGCUCUGGGAGUGGUGGGCUCGCGACUUAGGCCUAUCUGCCUGGUUUCCUGCAGAGCCCCCCUCCAUGCGCCUGAAGGCCCGACCCGGCAGCCCUGGUUUUUCCGUGCUUACCUGCAGCGCCUUCUCCUUCUACCCUCCGGAGCUGCAACUUCGGUUCCUGCGGAAUGGGCUGGCCGCUGGCACCGGCCAGGGCGACUUCGGCCCCAACAGUGACGGAUCCUUCCACGCCUCGUCGUCACUAACAGUCAAAAGUGGCGAUGAGCACCACUACUGCUGCAUCGUGCAGCACGCGGGGCUGGCGCAGCCACUCAGGGUGGAGCUGGAAUCUCCAGCCAAGUCCUCCGUGCUCGUGGUGGGAAUCGUCAUCGGUGUCUUGCUACUCAUGGCAGCGGCUGUAGGAGGAGCUCUGUUGUGGAGAAGGAUGAGGAGUGGGCUGCCAGCCCCUUGGAUCUCCCUUCGUGGAGACGACACCGGGGCCCUCCUGCCCACCCCGGGGGAGGCCCAGGAUGCUGAUUCGAAGGAUGUAAAUGUGAUCCCAGCCACCGCCUGACCAUCCGCCAUUCCGACUGCUAAAAGCGAAUGUAGUCAGGCCCCUUUCAUGCUGUGAGACCUCCUGGAACACUGGCAUCUCUGAGCCUCCAGAAGGGGUUCUGGGCCCAGUUGUCCUCCCUCUGGAGCCCCGUCCUGUGGUCUGCCUCAGUUUCCCCUCCUAAUACAUAUGGCUGUUUUCCACCUCGAUAAUAUAAUACGAGUUUGGGCCCGAA